AUCGGCCUGGAGAUCCAGCCACCGCAAGAUUCCAGCAUCAUGCCCUCGGCUCCCACUCAGUUGGUGUUGGCCCUGAUUUCACUGCUCUCCGUGCUGCCUGUGGUGGAAGCGGUGGAAGCAGGAGAUGCGAUUGCUCUCUUGUUAGGAGUGGUUCUUAGCAUUACAGGCAUCUGUGCCUGCCUAGGGGUGUAUGCACGAAAGAGAAAUGGGCAGAUGUGACUCUGAAGAGCCUCCUGAGGCAAACAUGACCGCGACAAACCUUUGUGCUCUUGAAAUUAUGAAAACUGACCUAUGCCGUUUGAACAUUCCCAAAGAAGCAGAUCAUUAAUAGGGUAGUUUUACCUUUUAGAUGUUUUCCUCUAAAUGGGAACAAAUUGAUAUAUGUAUGUUCGAUGGGGGAAAGUGUUCUUGUCACAUCAAGAUGUAUUGGAAAGUGCAGCCUUUAGAUUUGUGUUUGCUGAUUAGGAAGGAUGUGAGAGAAAUAACAUGACUGAACUUGGCUUGAUGAGGCUCGGGGCACAUGAAAUAAGAAGGAAGCCCUUGUCCAGAAUCCUGGGAAAGCAGUAGCGUUUGGUCUGAAUUACUGCCUCUUGUUUCACUGGGUUUGUGUUUUGUUAUAUCCAAAAUUAAUCUUAUACUCGUAUAUGAAAUAUAUUCAAAAGUUGAAACUUUUAUGUCUUUGGGGAGGAAUAUGUUUAGAAAAUUCUUCAACGUUUCUAAUAUUGAAAAGUAGAAGCGAUUUAUGUUUUUAAAACUUUAUAUUGAACAUUGAAAUGGAGAAGGGAUUUAUUGUUUUAAAAAGCAAGCCUUUAUAUUAACUGAUUAACACCCCCAUAAUGAGAAAUGCUGUAUUAAAUCUAAACCCAUUAUGUUGGAAA